AUGACAAAAACAUCUUGGCCUAUAUGUACGGGUUGUAAAUCAAAUAUCACUGAUCAACAUGUAUUAUGUGUACGACCCGAAAUAGUAUUUCAUGCCGAUUGUUUGAAAUGUGUGGAAUGUCAACAAAAAUUAGAUGAACAAUCAACAUGUUAUAUUCGUAAUGAUUUAACGUACUGUAAACAAGAUUAUCAAAGACUGUUUGUCCCUCGAUGUUAUUCGUGUGAAAAAUAUUUGAAUAAAGAUGAUUUGAUAAUGCGUGCACGAACAAACGUUUAUCAUCUCAAUUGUUUUCGUUGUGAAGCGUGCGGUAAAUGUUUGAAAACUGGUGAUGAAUAUGCAUUGAGCGAUAAUCGUCUACUAUGUCGCAAUGACUAUGGAACAAUUAUGAAUAAUAGUAAUAAUAAUAAUAAUAAUAAUACAAAAACUGAUCAAAAUAAUCUCGUCACAGAUAAACUAAAAUCUAUCGAUUGUUUUGAAAAUAAUACACAUACUGUAUCAAAAAAUGAAUCAUUAUUAGAACCGUUAACUGCAAAAUCAAAUAAAAGUCUAUUCAAACGAAAAAGGUCGCAUUCUAAUACGACAAAUGUCAAUCUUCAUACAUCAAAUGGCAAGUGUUCGCCAAAUCAAAAUCAGACAUCUAUAAAAUGUUCGGAUUCUCCUCCAACAUCGCCCGUUACUCAUUCAACUGCUAUCGAACGUCGUCCACGUCGUGACAAACAAGCACGAAUGAGAACGGUUUUAAAUGAAAAACAAUUGCAUACUCUAAAAUCUUGUUAUGCUUAUAAUCCAAGACCUGAUGCAUUACUGAAAGAACAAUUAUGCGAUAUGACUGGUUUAAAUAGUCGAGUUAUUCGUGUAUGGUUUCAAAAUAAACGUUGUAAAGAUAAAAAGAAAAAUGUAGCAACACAAAAUAGAAAUAUAUAUUCAACGGAUAAACUUCAUCGCAUGAUGAAUAUGUCAGCGAUAUCACCAAUUGUUCCUGAUGGUAUACCCCUAAUGACCGAUUUAGGCCAUAUGACUGUUUUAAACCAGUGUGAUAACUCAAACAACAAUGGAAACGUUUAUGACUCAUCAAACAGUUCCUAUUUAUCAACACGCGAUGGAAUGAUUUAUGCAUUAUCUUCAAAUGAUGAUAUAUCAAAUACAUUCUAUCAAAAUGUACCUGGAACCGAUUGGAAAUUACGUGUGACUUAUCCAUCGUCUCAUAUAACUACGAAUUGUACGGUUCCACAAUCUUCUGGGCAUGACACAUCAUCAAUGAUGCCAUCUGAUGAAGACAGUCUGGAUCAGUCUAAUUCGGACUUCAGUGAUUCGUAA